UGCAACAGCAGGCUGAUGUAAUGGAGACACAGUUAUUGUCGAGAAUGAAUACAACAGUCUGUUUUUCGACAACACACCGUGAAUGUGGCGGAAACAAAAUAGCGUGGAGAAGGGGGCAGGAUUGUUCCGAAAUAACAUUUACAUAACCCGCCCCUGCAUAACGAGCUGUCCCGUUCAGUCUGCGUGGUCCACAGUGCCGCUACUCGAAACAGACAACCAGGGAGGAAAUAUACCGGCAGGAAGGACUGUCACCGUCUCUAAAACUAUCAACAUGAUCAUUAUAAUCGAAGAUAAGGAGGGCUUCGACAAGGCCCUGGAGGAGGCAGGAGAUAAGCUGGUGGUGGUGGACUUCACAGCCACGUGGUGCGGCCCCUGUCAGAGCAUCGCUCCUUUCUUCAAGGGUCUGUCUGAGAAUUAUCAGAGUGUGGUCUUCCUGAAGGUUGACGUGGACGACGCACCGGAUGUGGCCAGUUUCUGUGACAUCAAGUGUAUGCCAACAUUCCACUUCUACAAGAACCAGAAGAAGGUGGAGGAGUUCUCAGGGUCCAAUCAGGCCAAACUGGAGGAGCUGGUCAACACUCACAAAUAAACACACACCCGUCUGUCUCCUCUCCUCUCUCUCACCUGUCUGAGGACAGUUGUCUCCUCUCCAGCUCUCCUCUGUCUCAAUUCACCUGAGGACGCCCCAAAGCCUUCCACCCUCUCCUCAACUGAUUUGACAGGAUGCCUGAAUGCCUUCCACCCAAUCCUCCCUAGAAUAUGCCUUUCACCUUCCUCUGUUAUCACCGGUUUCUCUCUCUCCCCAUCUCCCUCCUUUCUCCCCCCGUCUCUCUCUCUCUCCCCCCGUCUCCCUCCUUUCUCCCCCCCCACUCUCUCUCU